CGUCGCCGUGAAGGAAGCAGCUUGUUGCUGCUCCUGCAACCCAAACACAGCUGAAGCACCUGGACCUGCCUCCCUUCCGAACAUCCGGGCCCAGAAAUGUCUGUCGUGCAACCCAACUGGGCUGCAGGCAGUGCCCCAUGGAGGAACAACAGCUUCAUCCUGGGAGGCAGUAGAGACCCUCCUCUGUCUGACCAGGGAGAGACCAUCAUUGGAGUUUAUCUGCUGCUUCUAGGUUGGCUGUCUUGGUUCGGAAACAGCAUCGUCCUCUUCGUUCUGAUCCGACAGAGAGCCACGCUGCAGCCCACCGACUACCUGACCUUCAACCUUGCCGUCUCUGAUGCCAGCAUCUCGGUGUUCGGCUACUCCAGAGGCAUCAUUGAAAUCUUCAAUGUCUUCCAGGACAGUGGAUACCUGAUCUCCAUCUGGACCUGCCAGGUUGAUGGUUUCUUCACGCUAUUGUUUGGUCUGAGCAGCAUCAACACCCUGACUGUGAUCAGCGUCACCCGCUACAUCAAAGGAUGUCACCCAAGCAAAGCACGUUUCAUCGACAGAACCUGCAUCUCCAUCUGUCUGCUGUUCAUCUGGACCAGCUCUGGAUUCUGGUCCGGAGCUCCUCUCCUGGGCUGGGGAAGCUACACAGACCGUGGCUAUGGAACCUGUGAGAUCGACUGGGCGAAGGCCAACUACUCUGUCUCCUACAAGUCAUACAUUGUCUCCAUCUUCAUCUUCUGCUUCUUCCUUCCGGUGCUGGUCAUGCUGUUCUGCUACACCGCCAUCAUAAAGACGGUGAAGAAGGGCAAUGCCAUGUCGUCGGAGGGCGACCUGACAGACCGCCAGAGGAAGAUGGAGAGAGACGUGACCAUUGUCUCCAUCGUGAUCUGCACGGCGUUCAUCCUGGCCUGGUCUCCAUACGCUGUUGUGUCCAUGUGGUCCGCCUGCGGGUACCACGUCCCCAACCUAACCAGCAUCUUCACCAGACUCUUUGCCAAGUCGGCCAGUUUCUACAACCCGCUCAUCUACUUCGGGCUCAGCUCCAAGUUCCGCAAAGAUGUGGCCAUUCUGCUGCCGUGCACCUCGGAUGCCAGGGACUCUGUGAAGCUCAAGCGCUUUAAGCCCAAAUCCGACGCCCAGAGAAGACACAAGGCACACCGACACGAGAAGAGGUACUCCCCUGAGCGCUUGCUCAACCAGGGUCCGAGUCCUGACUCAGGCAUGGGAAGUCCACCGCCUACACCGCCAGCUGUUAACCCGGAGUGUUACUACAUUGAUAAACCGGACCAGUGUGAGUUUGGCUCAGAAUACGCUUGUGAACGGCUGUGAAGGUUUUCCUGCUGGGCUCAAAAUAAAGGUCCGGUGAUGUCCCAAGAGUGCAGACCUGAACAGACCCUUAGCCCUGUCUUGGCUAAUUCCCGGAAGCUUAAGGUGGGACUGCCGGCUCACUUUUCCAUUCUUGGUUUGUUCUUCCCGCUGACUUUUACCUGUUCUUAUCUUGGGCGUUAAGAUGCCUUUUUUAGUCAGAAGUCUUUGCACAGAUAUACCAGCUUCACGGAGCUACUUCCAACAAAUCCCAAAAUAUUCAGCGGACUGGUCUGAUCUCUCCAGAACCCACCCACCAAACACGACUCCCCCAGGUUUUCAUCUCCCUGUAUCUAGUCGGUUCAUCACGGCCGAGGAUCAAGGUCUGACUCCUCUGAACAGGAACUCAAGGAAAUGAUGGAAUCAGAGUUGGUGCAGCUGAUUCUCAUCCAUUAGUAAAGCCUUCUUCUCCACCACCAAUCUGACAAAUUGUCCCAUGAGGACCAGGAUUCUGGUAAUGGUGAACCAGAAGUGCCCGACUAAUUACCCAGAGCCUGAACACAUGGAGCCCAUUACUACCUGGAAAUCCAAAGGACCAAGACCUAGAUGAGCUCCCGGAUAUUCCAAGGCCAGAACCAGGACUAGGAUCCGGUAAGACCAGGACCAGACUGGACUGACUGUACCUUUCAAGUCGGACGCUCUGACAAAUUACAUCAUUCAUCAAAGCUCCUUGUGUUUUCAUUGUAUUUUAUUUUAUCAUUGAGUCUUUUACAUGUUUUACUGUGAACGUCACAUGAUCAGAAUGUAGAAGACAAAGGUCACGUGUCAUGUAUAAAUACUUAUUUAACUAAUGAUAUUUAUGAGAUACAUAUUUGUUUAUAAUUUCAACUGUCAAUAAAUUUCUAUUUUGAA